ACCUGACAUCCGUACUCUUGGAAUAAGUACUCAUAUGCCGACCCAACUCCAUGACUUAAUCUAGAUUCUUCACAAAUUGGCCUACCAUAGUACGCUUAGUUUUUGACGUCCAUAUUACCAGAAUGGAAUCAAUGGGAUCACUGCUUAGCUGUUGCAUUCGGUACUGUAUUAGGUGCACAAACAAAUUUGGUACCUGAUCUGACUUUUCCUUUGGUCGUAGUAUGAAUGAAUCGAACCUUCUCUUGUUUUACUCCACUUUGGAAAGGUGUAACACAAAGCUAGCUUCACAAAAAACAAUACUGUCACAUAUAUUGUUAUGAGUGUAAUGUCUUAUUUAAAUCGCCAAAGACAUCGACGGGAACUUCUUACUUCGCCGAAUGCAAGUUAAUAGAUCAGGUACUUUUCCAUCACCGUGAGAGCGCUCAUCAGGACAAUAUGUUUAAAGAUGCUUUUAGACUUCUAGCUGCUUGAUGGGGUGUUGCAAUCACUAGAAACUACUUCAGAGUACCUGGUCUAUUAAAUAUGGUUUUUAAAGCAGUAGGGAAAAUCCAUGCCUUAUCUUAGAAAGAAGUAAACCUUUGUAAAUAAGGACAAUUCAAUGCUUUAAAUAACUUCCAAUGCCUUAUUUUGCCAACAAUGAUAUUGCUGGCAAUGCAGAUUCGUCAAUCCAGGAGAAAAAUUAUCAGAAGGAAUUCAAGGAAAAUACCGUUGCACUUAGUGAAACUACAAUAUCAACUACUCAAAACGCAUCUAUAAAUCACGUACCACUUCGUUUGUUAAUGAACCCACGUGGUAAGAUUCGUGACAUUACAUCAGUUGGUGACGCAUUUAAUACUCAAACGGGUCUUUUGUCACCUGAUAAAUGUGCAGAGCUCAUCACGGCGCUACAAACUCAAAAAGGCAAAGGUGCUGAGCUUUUUGCCAAACGCCGCAGGAAAUCUGAAAAAUGGGUAGUUGAUGCAUCUAAUACAAGAACUCAAAGUCCAUCCGGUCUUCCAGAUUAUCAUCAGCAACAAGUGAAGUCGCCAACUUCACCGAGUAUUUUGCCUGCUUACUCCGAUGCAGGCAAACAUCGCGUACAAUUGAAUUUACACCAGGAGCAGGUGCUAGAAAAAUACGUUAAACCUGGUCUUAAAGUGGUUAAAACACCUUGGGAAGCAGCACUUGAGACCGGCUCGGCUAGUUCGGCUUUUGUUGAAGAUAAAAAGCAAACGUUACAUCAUAUACUUUCGUCAGCAGUAUCCUCCGAACCGGUGUCGCAAUAUCAGCAUGUUAGCAGUACCGUUCCCGAUUCAGCAUCAUAUAAUGACGGCUACACAACUGAUUACAACACAGCACCGUCUCAUGUUUGUAUAUAUAAACUGCCUCAAGCUCGCUUCCCAACAUGUAAGACAAAUUUCAGCAGUAAUACUCAACGGGACUUAGCCUACAAGCCCAGCUUGCCGCAAGGUUGGAAAUCGCCAUGUGUCACAUUACCUAAAGAGUUAUAUCUGCCGAAAGCAAUUUCAUUGGAAAGCUAUGCUCCGCCACCCGUGGUUAACAUCAAAGAACCCGAAACUCACAAUUCGAGCUGGAAACCUACAUUAACAUCAUCGCCACGCAGCUUCCCCUUAAGCAAACCCACUAUCGGUGGUUUCCUUAGUUCCGGUUUUACUCCGCUAGCUAAGCACCAAUAUUUUAAACCUGACAGCUACAGCAUGGGCCAACAAGAGAUAAAUCCAAACGUGCCUCAAAUAAGCUAUAAUCCAUCGCCACUACCCUACGAAAAGAUUGCUAAAUUUGAGAAUACUUCCGAGGAGCAGGCCCAAGACAAUGACUACAUCCCGCAAAAUCGUCGAUUGCCUAUACAGAACCAUUGCGUCAAAGCAUUAAAUGCAUCCCCCGUUCUGUUUGGUGAAAUUGCAGGUACUGUUGGGCGAUCUUCAUCACCUUACCCGUACAACACUGCUAAAAGCGAAAUAUAUGAUCGAGCGACCACAACCUUUUAUUCAAAACGUCAUAACAUCAAUGAGUUAUUGCACGGCCAAAACUAUAACAAUACAGCACGUGGUUGGCGGUCGAGAGGAAAUUGUGACUAUCCAUUGGCAAGCGACGGCACCCACGCUGAGUUGAAUGGUGCAAAUUAUAGAGGAUAUCGGCAAAAACCUCGGGCAUCUGCGGACAAUUUACCUUAUACCGAUUUUUAGUAAACGAUUUAUAAAAUCGGGAAAUGAUAAACAAGACAAGUACCUAUUCAACAGCUAACCAACAAUUAUCUUAAAAAUAUUAUACAUUCAUGUUAAUAUGCAAUAUAAUCAGGUAAUCCUUAACAUCUAUAUUGAAGUUCACUCAAAUUUCGAUCUAUCAUUAUUCACGCAUCCAUAAAUAAGGUAAACAUCCGUAUACUUAUACGUACAUACACCUUCAUCCAUUCAUAUUUAUUAACCUUCACUGAAUCAAAAUGAAUUUUGUUCUAGUUUUUCUGUUGUGUAAGCUUAUAUUAUAUUAUUCCUGCUAAAGUUGACUAUGAAAGGAAUGACACAUUUUCAUAAAUUUUAUUAAGAUUGGUUACUUCUAAUGUCGAAGAAAUAAAUAGAACCGUAGAUAAAUAAAAAUAAAAUUAAACCGGA